AUGAAGUUCGGAAAAACCUUUGCCAAUCAUCGCAUUCCAGAGUGGUCAAGUCAAUAUGUUGGCUACAAGUCGUUGAAGAAAAUGAUUAAAGAAAUUACAAGACUUCAAGAAGACAUAUAUAGGGCACAUAACAAGAAUAGCUAUGAUGAAGGCAGGCCACCAACAAAAAUGAGAGAUUCAUCUAAUAGUGCUCAAAAUUAUUUGGACUCUCCAAAAAUCCAAAAGUUAUUGGCGUCGUUUUUCUUUGCAGUUGACAGGGAUAUUGAGAAGGUUGAUACAUUUUACAAUUCCCAGUAUGCGGAAUAUAAGAAAAGAUUUGAGAGAUUGCUUUCUUCUAAUCAAUUCAAUGAGAUAAAAUCAACAUUAGUGGUCGAUGCCAACAAAGAAGAUGCAGUAGCGCAAACCUUACUCACAAAGGAUACGAGAGAGAUGAAUAUGCUUUUAAAGGGAACAAGUCAAGCCAGCCGUCUAUCUUACCAUAAAGAUGACUUAAUUGAAAUUCAGUCUAUCUUAGCUGAGUUAAGAAAACAAUUUAGAAACUUAAAGUGGUACGCUGAACUAAAUAAGAGAGCUUUUGGUAAGAUUUUAAAGAAACUGGAUAAAAAAGUCGGCACAAAUCAGCAAAUGUCAACUAUGAAAACUAGAAUCUUGCCGUUACAAUUUGCUAAUGAUUCUCUUAUUACCAAAGAUUUGAGUUUGCUAAAAACUAUCUGGGAACAAGUGACGUUCAGGAUAAAUUCUUACGAGAGAGUAAUGAGGAGUACCUCGCCGAACGCAAAUGCUAAUGAUAAUACAGAAUUCUUUAAGAUUAUUUGCGUUUUUAUAGAAGAAGAUGAUAGCAAAGGAUUGAUUAGAGAGCUAACAAACCUAUAUUCGGAAUUGUCUUUGAUUCCAACAAGAAUUAUGAUAAGUGUUUUAAACAAGGCAGCACUGUCUAAAUCACUGGCAUGUAUUGAUGCUAUCUUAAAGGUUAUUCCGUCUCUAAAUGACUCGGAAGAUAUUAACAGAAGAAAUUUUUUCCAUCAUCACAUAAUUGCAAUCGGGAAGUUAAUCAGAAAACAGGAAAUUUUAAGUAGGAAAAAGAAGUCACAACCCUCAAAAUAUACUAAUAGUGAGGGAGAAAUUGUAACAGAUUUAAGAACCCUGCAUACGACCCUAUCUGCCCCGGCAGAAUCAGAUAGCAUUACAGAGGAGGAAAAAAGUUCGGCCUGUACACUCUCUUAUAUUUUAGAGGAGUUACCAAUUCAUUUAAGACCAUGCCUUUUUCAGCAUGAUAAUUACAAGAGAACGCCCUUGCAUUAUUCUUGCCAGUAUGGCUUAUCUGAAGUUACGAAGUUGAUUAUCAAGUUAAUGAAAGAAUGGAAUAUCUGGAAUGAAAUCCCUAUUGAUGACGUUUCCGCGUUCGGAGAUGCCGAAUCAUUGACACCUUUACAUUUAUGUGUGUUGGGUGCUCAUCCCAAAACAACAGAAGUCUUAUUGCAAUCUUUGGAUCCGAACGUGAAAUUAAAAAGUUCAAGUUUGUUACAUUUGGCCACUGAGUGGAAUAACUAUCCCCUUUUACAUGUUCUCCUAUCAUCAAAAAGGUUUGAUAUUAAUUAUCAAGACAACGAAUUACAUGAAACACCGCUAUAUCUUGCUUGUAGAUUAAAUUUUUUCGAAGCUGCUGUGUGUUUGUUGUACAAUGGAGCCGACCUUGAAAUAAGAGAAAAACUUUUUGGCUGGACAGCUAUCUUCGUUGCAGCAGCAGAAGGGUUUACGGACAUUGUAAAGCUCUUGAUAGCCAACAACGCGAACUUUGAUAUUGAAGAUGAAGGUGGGUGGACGCCGAUGGAGCACGCGGUAUUGCGCGGUCAUUUGCACAUUGCUGAUAUGGUUCAAAUCAGAGACGAACUGGUCACGCAUCCCCAUUCACAGUUGAACAGUGGUAGCGAAGAGAAAGAACCACUAAACGAAAUUAGUGCCGGAGAAUUAAAUGAGAGAAAUGAAAAUGGAAACGGAGGUAAUAAAGGGUCCUUGGGAAAACUGGCCGGACCAAUAAAGUCAUAUGGACACAGAUUCCUGGAUAAUAAUGAAUCACUUAUACUAAUAACAUUGGGAAGUAAUGACACAAGAAACAAAAGCCCUUCAAUUUCAUUAAGCUCGGAAGCACUAGCAAAAGUUAUUGGGUUGGAAACAGAUUGUGCAUUAUCGUUAGUAAUUUCAUGCAAUGAUUCAAUUGAUAAAUCUUCUGUAAUCUUAGAUUUACCAUUAGAUGAUAAUGUGGACGCAGUAGACUUCAAAGUGCCUUUCAAAGUUGAUUAUUCUCAUACAUUAUAUUUUGAUAUUGUGCCAACAUAUGGAACACGCUCGUUGGAGACCCAUAAUAGAAUAGAUUGUCAAAAAAAUAACAAUAAUUACGUAAUGGCAAGGGGUGUUUCCAUGUUGAAUAAGUCGUACAGCUCAGUGGGAGUUAAUAGAAGUAUAUUAAAUGGUAGCGUGACGGUCCCCAUCAUCGCUAAUCAUACACUGGAGAUACUUGGGACGCUGAAAUUUGAAUAUAUUAUUAUCACACCAUUUGAACAUCCACAACUGCCCUUAGAAAGAACAGAAACGUACUGGAAAUCCUUAGUGUCCACUCGUGUUAUAGGACAUAGAGGCCUGGGUAAAAAUAAUCCUAAUAAAUCAUUACAAAUUGGAGAGAACACAGUCGAGUCUUUCAUCAUGGCAGCCUCAUUGGGAGCAUCGUAUGUAGAGUUUGAUGUUCAGUUGACGAAGGAUAACGUACCAGUGGUAUAUCACGAUUUUCUCGUAGCUGAAACAGGUGUCGAUAUCCCCAUGCAUGAAUUGACGCUGGAACAGUUUUUAGAUUUGAACAAUGCCGAUAAAGAGCACAUUCAACGUGGAGCAGGUCACUCACCUCAUCAUGUAAAUGGAGCAGAUACAGCACUACAAAAAUAUAGAGGGCGUUCGGUAGAUGAUUCAGACGUUAGUACAUUGAGGAGAGCUUGGGAUUUACACGACAACGACCCGAAUGGGAAGUCCAACAAUGCUCAUUGGUCUGACAAUCGAAUGAGGCUAACCAAAACAUUUAAAAAGAACAAUUUUAAGGGAAACGCUAGAGGACAUUCAAUAGCUUCAUCAUUUGUUACCUUGAAAGAACUAUUCAAGAAAAUCCCUGCCAACGUUGGGUUUAACAUAGAAUGUAAGUUUCCCAUGCUUGAUGAGGCAGAAGAGGAAGAGUUAGGGCAAAUAAUGAUGGAAAUGAACCAUUGGGUUGACACCGUGUUAAAAGUAGUUUUUGACAAUGCGAAUGGUAGGGACAUCAUUUUUUCGUCAUUUCAUCCGGAUAUUUGCAUCAUGCUUUCGUUAAAGCAACCGGUUAUUCCGAUCUUGUUCCUGACGGAAGGUGGAAGUGAACAGAUGGCCGAUUUGAGAGCCUCAUCGUUACAAAACGGUAUAAGAUUUGCUAAGAAGUGGAAUUUAUUGGGGAUUGUAUCUGCUGCAGCACCCAUUUUAAAGGCCCCACGGUUGGUGCAAGUGGUUAAGUCUAAUGGGCUGGUAUGUGUCACUUACGGUGUGGACAACAAUGAUCCCGAAAAUGCCAGUAUACAAAUUGAAGCAGGUGUAGAUGCCGUGAUCGUCGAUAGUGUAUUGGCAAUUAGACGUGGGUUAACCAAAAAGAAUGAAAAGUAA